AAAAGGAGACGAACUCCAUACAAAAGUAUAAAACAAGCAGUCUACACAGUUUUGCAAAGCAUUGGAGCAUCCGAAGGGAAGAAAACGAACAGAGUCAGUUACUACUCAUCAAUCAUCAUGGGUGCAAUUUUCGAAACUGAAGAAGAAGAAUCAAAGAUCAACGAGAGCAAGAAUGUUGGGUCUCCAACAAAGCCACCAUUGCUGUUCUUUUUUGGAGAACUCUCCGGGGAAACCAAGCAUGGCUUCUUUGACCCAAUACGACAGACCUUCGACGUCGUUCACCUUCAAGAACUUGAAUGUCAGGCAGAGUGUCUUGCUUCUCGACACGGUUGGCUACUCAUAUUAUCAAGAGAAACCUCUUCUCUCUUUUUCUUCAACCCCUUAAUGCGUCGAAGAAUUGAUCUCCCGUAUAGCAAUCGUAUCAUCACUGCCGCGGCAUUCUCUGCCCCUCCUACUUCCCCUAAUUGCACUGUUUAUGCAAUUAAAUCCUCCACUUUCAAUGAUGCAUGCGAGCUUCAUAUCGACACUUUUCUUAUGGGACAAGAAAGCUGGAUCCCCCAUUCAUAUAAAUCUACUACAAAACCCCUCAUAGGUAAUGUUGUUCAAGCAGUUUGUAGCAAGGAGGUUUUGUACUGUGUGGAUUCACGCGGAAGAGUCGGUGCCUUUGAUGUGAAGAUUGGGAAUUGGACCCUUUUUCCGAGCAAGGAAUUUCAGAAGGUUUGCACCAUUUCUCUGGUGGAAUUCAAUGGAGAUAUAUUUGCAGUAAAGAAAGGAGGUUAUGGUGUUAUUGAGAAGCUUUAUAAAUUGAGUAUUGAACAUGGGAUGGCGGCUUGGGAGGAGGAGAAGGACUUGGGUGAUUUUUCAGUGUUUGUUGGUCCAUAUGUGUCAUGUGGUGUGUUGGCUCCGAAUGAAGAGACGAAGGAGAAGCUUUUUGUUGCCGACUGUAGACCCGAAUCCAAGUGUGUCGUCUACAACGUUGAUGGAAUGGACUACAAGAAGGCUAGCAGGUUUAUUGGCGGAUCCUUCAGUUGGUGGUACACUCCGGUUUGGAUUGAAAGGUGAAACAAUCUCGUCGGAUUGAAGAAGCUUUUUGUUGUUGUUGCCAACUCUGAUUUUGAAGAAGCUAGCUUCUUGUUUUUUAGUUUUUGUUAUUUUGUUUUAAUUUUCCGUAGAAGGUCUUUCUAUUUAGUUUUGAUUUUUUUUUUCAGUAGAAAUAA